UAUGGGAGACUUCUACGUCAGAGUUACUAUCGUAGUUACAGGUCUUUGCUUUGUGGAAACAGUGACAGACCCAUCAAGAAAAAGCAAUAUUUCCCUCCAUCCUGAGUACCAGAGCAAUGGGGAUCUUCUGGCAAACUGGUCUUCUACAAGACACAUCUCACAGAAAGCAGACACCAUGGAUGGGAGUUUCUAUUUCUUUAGAGUUCUCUUCCAGCCUCACGCAAAGAAAGAACACCACAGAAAACUUCAGGACCGUACUAGUCGCGUAUCGAAAGUGACCCUCGGCCCUCUCUCGCAUUUCCGUGCUUUGGAGAUACUAAACCUCAGCAACAAUGCUAUCUACUCCCUCUCGCUGCACAGAAGUCGCUCCCACAGCCAACUCCCUUGGCUAAAGGUGCUGAUACUUCAAAGGAAUCAACUCCGUGGUACUCCUGAAGGACUGUGGAAGCUGAAGUCAUUGCAGAGUCUGGAUCUGUCAUUCAACAGGAUAGUUCGCAUCGGGCUGGCUGAUUUCCGUGGCUGCCUGCAGCUGGAGAGCAUCUAUUUAAAGAGCAAUAAGAUCUGCAGGAUUCACCCAGAAGCCUUCAAAGGGCUCAAAAGACUACAGGUGGUAGACCUCAGAAGCAAUGCACUGACCACUCUUGUACCGAUUGUGAGCAUCGCUCUAGAGUUGCCCCACCUGGAACUUGGCUUGGCUGAUAACCAGUGGAAGUGUGGUGAGGGCGAUGCCAACUUCCAAAACAUCACCUCUGCAUCCUGGAGGGAAAUAUGGGAAGCUGUCUGCAACAUGUCUGUGGAGAAUGAGAAGCCAUAUGUGGAGACUCCCCAGAUCAGAAUUUCAAGGGAUACACACCUUCCUCGCUCUCCUCCAAGUGACUUGAAAAGCCUCAUCCAGAGCAAAACAGAGAGGCCCCAGGCAGGAAUGGACAUGCACCUCUCCACCCUGGGGAAGGAGGCACAGGUUGGCUAUGGUGAUCUCAAAGGGAUGUGGCCACGGCCCCCGUUAGAACUCAGAGACUCCCGGGAUGAACAUGUCACUGAUAGAAAGGAUGGUGAACCCCCAGACCUUACCCUGGCCAUCUGCCUGUCAGUGUUCAUCACGUUUGUGGUGGCUUUCUGCCUGGGGGCUUUCACAAGGCCCUAUAUUGACAGAUUGUGGCAACAAAGAUGCAUGAACAAAAGGUCUCGCUCAGAUAAUGGCUACUCAAAUGAGGGCUUCCAUGACGACAUUGAAGGUACCCAACAUGUACAGCACCAAGGGACAGAUCUACGCCAAACUACCCACCACCUACAUCUUUUUGAGAACCAGAACCCAUCCUGGGUGACAGAGCCAAUCCCGCAUGGUGCUGUCCUCUCAGAGCAGAUGCUGGGAAGCAACAGAAUGGACCCCAGUAGUCAGCAGAGCCCAGAGCAAUUCGAGGACAGCAGUGAGUCAAGAGGUGGAGAUGGCAGUGUGUUUCCAAAUAGCUAUGGAGCCCAUUCUGCACUCCGCGGGCUUCCAAACGCAGAUGCUCAGAAGCUGAUUUCACCGGCACAGGAUGACCAUGCUGUUCUUGAAGAACCACAUUAUGACACGGUGGCCCAGGAAUAUUCUCUCACUGAUGAUAUGGUGGGUAGGUUUUCCACUGCUGGUCCUCUGGAAACUUUCCCUAGCUCUAUCAAUAGUGGGAAGGAUGAAUUGCACCUGUCACAGCCAAGAGACAUUGUGGCUUCCUUCUCAAAAACUCUAGCACAUACAAACACUCAAGAGGCUGGGGAGAGUAUGGGAAAAGGGUGCCCUGAACCUGUGAGAGCCGUGGACUCACAGAUGGAAUCUUCUGAGGAAAGGCAAGUGAACAGUUCCAUUAGGGAGCUGGCCACACUGCAGCCAAGCUUCCCGGAAGUUGAUGCUGAGGAAAGACUUUCUCAUGUCUACAGUGAGGUGCUAUACAAUGACCUAUCCUCCCUUAUGCCAAGGUGGGGCUAUGGCCAAUAUGUCAUCCCUGCUACUGAGGAGCCUGUGGAGAGAGAUGCUCCUUUUGACCCUCAUUAUGACUUAGUGACCAACUACGAGUCUGAUUCCGAUGAGGGAUCUUUGUUUACCCUUAGUUCUGAGGGUUCUGAAGGCACAAGGAGCUUGUCUGAAGAACGGGUAUCUGUGGACAAUGGUGGGGCCAGCCAGCCCCUGCCAAGCAGGAACUUGGGGGAAUACAAGGACAGUGUGACAUCAGCAGAAAGUGUUGAGGACAUCACAUCACAAAGGAUUUUAGAGAAAUGUGAGGCUCAGGAAACUCACCUUAGAAACACUCUCAUUUCUGGUCCAGACUCUUGUGUAUGUGAGACAAAUCUAGAAAAUGACUCUAGCUCCCUUGACCCUGAGAAUAUAUCAACAUGGCCCCAAGCCCCAGGGCAUAAGCUAUCAGAUCAUGAGACUCUGGGCACAUAUGGUGACAUAGGACCCCAGUCUGAGGCAGUAGACUGGUACUACUCCCUUAGAGACCCGGAAUUCCCAAGUGUAGAUAGUUCACCAUCAUCACCAUAUUCUGAUCAAGAUCUCUCAGAUCCUGAGGAAAGGUCACGAAAGAGAAGUAAACACUGGGAAAAGGGCAACCUUUCAAGGCUGGGAAAGAGCUCUGUUGGUAGAGUAUUUGCUCACCAUGCACAAACCCCUGGAUUCAAACCACAGCACUGUUUAAAUUGGCCACACUGGCACGUACUGUGAGCCCAGCCUUUGGAAGGCAGAGGCGGGAAACAGGCGUCAGAUGGAAACAGCUUUUUUUAUGGGGUAGAUGAUGGAAUGCUCGGGCAAACGGGGGCUCUGUUGCUCCAACAAUCAGCUCGUGAGAGAUGUCAGCUCUACAAUGGCAGUCUCCCACUCAGAUUCCAGGAUCACAUCCUCCACGACAGUUGCCAGGAUCUGCAUGGUCAUCCUGGAACCUAAACGUCAUCCUUUCUCUUUGCAAAUAUGAGCGCCAAGAUUCACACUUUUAGUCAACAGCAUCACAGUGUCAACCCAGUAAACCCAUUUACAGAUUUUAGUCUUGACUUCUCUUUUAUUUCCAUCAUCUGCAUAACCUCAAACCCAGUCGUUCUCAACCUUCCUAAGGCUGUGACUCUUUAAUACAGUUCCUCGUGUUGUGGUGACCCCCAACUGUAAGCUUAGAUUUUCCAAAACCUAC